UCCGAAAUUCUUUUCGUGAUUACCGUGUAGUAUACAUACCAUUUUACAUAAUGUCGAUUUGACUUACUUACAUUUUAUAUUUCAUUUGAUUGUUAUUAUAUUUAAUAGUUGAAUUCUGAGCACAAGAUUCAAGUUCAGUUCAAGCUAAGUGAUCCAGAUUUCCGAAAAUGUCCGCUCGAAGUGACAAACUGGCCAUCUUCCCAUCUCGAGGGGCUCAGACUUUGAUGAAAGGUCGUCUAAAGGGUGCUCAGAAAGGUCACAGUUUAUUGAAGAAAAAAGCCGACGCUCUUCAAAUGAGAUUCAGAAUGAUUCUAGGAAAAAUAGUCCAAACGAAAACUCUAAUGGGUGAAGUAAUGAAAGAAGCUGCAUUUUCUCUAGCAGAAGCUAAAUUCACUACUGGUGACUUUAAUCAAGUUGUUUUACAAAAUGUUACAAAAGCCCAAAUUAAAAUACGUACCAAGAAAGAUAACGUAGCUGGCGUUACUCUACCUGUAUUCGAAAGUUAUCAAGAUGGUACAGAUACGUAUGAAUUAGCUGGUUUAGCUCGUGGUGGUCAGCAGUUAGCCAAGCUUAAGAAGAAUUACCAAACUGCUGUUAAAUUACUGGUUGAGUUAGCAUCAUUGCAAACUUCUUUUGUAACCUUAGAUGAAGUUAUCAAAAUCACCAAUCGUCGUGUAAAUGCUAUUGAACAUGUUAUCAUUCCAAGAAUUGAAAGAACCCUCGCUUAUAUUAUUUCCGAAUUAGAUGAAUUAGAACGUGAAGAAUUCUAUAGAUUAAAGAAAAUCCAAGACAAAAAACGUAUUGCGAAAAAAAAAUUAGAAGAUGCUCGUCAAUUGAGAAAAGCAAACGAAGCAGCAGCAGAAUUGGAAGCAUCAAAUAUGCUUGACGAAGGAGACGAAGAUUUACUAUUCUAAAUUCCAUGUUGGUUUUUCUUUUACUUUAGAAAUAUAUUACGGUUACCUAUUUUUAGAAAUAGUCCAAUAUUAUGGCGAGAACGAACGCAUUUUCAGCCUUAUUUUAAAGCCGUUUUCGGAUAAUUUUUUCCAUUUAAAAAUUUUUGUGAUUUCUCAUCGUCUUGUAUGUACAUAAACACUCAAGUGUUGAAACAUAUUUUAGGGCAUAUUUGUGAUAAAUUCAACAUUUUCGCAGCGUAACGAUGAAAGUAUACAUUAUUAUAAGAACCAUAACUGCACCCUGAUAUUGACAAUACGUGAAGUAUUCAGGCAUUUGUUUGCUUAUUGUUGAUCCCGAACUUUUUUUCCCGUUCCGAAUUUCAAACAAACGAUAUGUUGUUUUCCACAUGAGAGAGUGAGGCAACUUUUUCAAAAAAAAAAAAUGAAAUAGUAACAAUGUAUAGGUACUUGUAUACGGUAUCUCAAUGAGUUGCAAACAAAGUUUUCAUCUAUUUUGCGAAUGUACAGCUCUUUUAAUCAUUUUUGUUAAUGUUAUCAUAUUGUGUUGUUUAAGCAAACUUAUCAUGUUAAAUACAUAUUUACAGUAGGUUAA